AUGUGGAGGGUCAAGGUCUCGACAGGUCUCGACAUGUCUCUCCUUGUGCAGCUGUACGCCCUGCGCUGGCUGCUGCUGUCCGCCGCCGUCGCUCUCUACCUCGCAGACAAGUACCGUAGAUACGAUCGCCUCCGGCACUUCCACGGCCCUUUUGGGACCGGCUGGUCUGAGUUUUGGCACGCGCGUGUGAUCCUGGGCUUGCACUCGCAUCUUGCCUACCAAGACGUCAACGACAAAUAUGGCCCCGUUGCACGCGUGGGACCCAAUGAACUCGUCACCUCGUCACCUGAGCUGCUCGCCCACAUGAACGCAGUUCGCUCGCAGUACACUCGGUCCUACUGGUUCAACGCAGCAACACGCGUGGAGCCCGGCAAAGACCAUGUCUUCAGCCAGCUCGACGAGCAGAAGCACACCAAGCGCCGCCAGCAGAUGGCAGCUGGCUACUCCGGCAAGGAGAACCUGUCUCUCGAGUCGGACAUUGACGGACGCCUGCAAGAGCUGCUCACCCUGAUCCGCACCAAGUACAUGUCCACGUCCGCAGGCGCAAAGCCCAUGGACCUGGCGCGCAAGGUCCAGUACUUCACUCUCGACGUCAUCAGCACAAUUGGCUUUGGUGAAGCGUUCGGCGACCUGCAAGCCGACGCUGACCUGAACGACUACAUCAAGUCGGGCGAGCAAGGGCUCACAGUCGUCACCAUCUCAGCCGCACUGGGCUUGACCAAGUACCUGCAAUGGCCGCCGCUCGCACGUCUGCUCGGGCCGUCAGAGAAAGACCGCAGUGGUUUCGGUAAGAUGAUGGGCGUCGCCCGCAAACUCAUCGACUCGCGACUCGAAAAGUCGACAGACGGCCGCUCGGACAUGUUGGCCUCGUUCAUGCACCACGGUCUCUCGAAAGAGGACCUCUUCUCCGAAGCCGUGCUGCAGAUCCUGGCUGGGUCCGACACCACGGCGACCGCCAUCCGCUCGACCAUGCUCUACCUCGUCGCCCACCCACGCAUCUACUACCGCCUGCAGGCCGAGGUCGAUGCCGCAGUGAGAUCAGGCGCCGCGCCCGGCAUCGUCCAGGACACCACUCUAAGGAACCUCCCGUACCUGCAGGCUGUGGUCCGAGAAGGCCUUCGCAUCUUCCCCCCAGUGACUGACGUUGUUCCCAAAAAGGUACCAGAAGGCGGUGAUCGCGUCACCGUUGACGGGAAGCAGUACUUCCUGCCCGGCGGCACCGACGUGAGCUACAACGCAUGGGGCGUGCACCACGACAAAGCCAUGUUCGGCGAGGACGCUGACCGGUUCAGGCCCGAGCGCUGGCUGCUCGAGGAGAACAGCGCGAACGAGGACAAACUGACUGCCAUGCGUCGCACGACGGAGAUGAUCUUUGGGUAUGGCAAGUACCAGUGUCUCGGAAAACCGAUCGCGUGGUUGGAAAUCACCAAGACCGUCUUCGAGUUCCUCCGCCACUUCGACUGGGGACUUGCGCACCCAGACGACCCCUGGAAGUCUACAAACUACAACGGCAUCUUCGUGCAGGAGCACAUGUGGGUGCUGGUUUCAGAGCGUGAGCCUACCGCGUAG